GAGAGCCCCCCUUUCUGAUGAGGAGUCUAAAACGAGCAGCUCCCAGCACUUGGGGUCUCAAGAGUUUUGCGUCAGCAGCAGCCUUUCCAAGGUGGAGCUCACAGCAGUCAGCGGUGGUGGCAGCAGUGCCCAGGGGCUGGAUGCUGAUGGCAAGGUGGAGGAAAAGCUUGGGCCCAAACUGGAAGAGCAGCCACCUGAUCCCAACCCAAACCCGGAGUGUGCGGGAAAGACUGUGAAAGAUGAUGCCCUGGGCCCUCUGGCAAGCCAGGGAGAUGGCAGAGGGCAGGAGCCUGCAAUCCCCAGAGCUGCCGAGCAGGAGAGCAGCGGUGCUGAUGCUGCCUGGACACCUGCGGAUCCUCACAGCGAGAAGCGGGCUGAUGCUCCUCCAGCCUGCUCCGUGGCUCCAGAGAGCGAGCCUGCUGGGAAGGAGAAAACCACCCCGAGCGCUGGAGCGCAAGGGCCAGGCGUGCUGGCAGAAGGGACAUUGUCUGUGGUUGUCUCCAGCUGCAACACCUCUGCCUCCACUCCCGCUACUUUUACUUUGAACAGAGUGUGCUUUCCCACGUCUCAGGCCCCUGCUAUGCAAAAACUGCCCCUGUCCUUUCAGGCUGGGGCAGUUCUGAGCCCCAGCCAGUCGCUGGUGUACAUCCCACCGCCCAGCUGCGGGCAGCCGCUCAGCGUGGCUACGCUUCCAGCCACCUUGGGGGUCUCCUCCACGCUCACUCUCCCCGCUUCAGAGGCCAAAGUGGUUUCUGUGGAGGUGAAUCAGCUUAGCUGCCCUUCACCCUCAGGCGGAAGCGGUGCCCAGGCUGCUGCCGAGGGCGCUCCUCCGUCCACCACUGGCCCUUCCCUCUCAUCCAGCCAGGCUCCGCUGGCCGCAUCCUGCGGCAGCGCUGCUCCCUCUUCCGGCACCGCCGUGCUCGCCAGAGCCCCGGCAGCUCCCGAGCCCCACGCACCGGGGGCUGCCACUUCGCUCUCCCCUCUGAAGUCCCCUCCGCAGCUAGAGCGUGAGAUGAUCUCCUCUCCAGAGUGCAGCGAGAUGCCUCUCGAUCUCUCCUCCAAGUCCAAUCGUCAGAAACUGCCUCCGCCCAGUCAACGCAAAACACCUCCUAUGCCCAUCCUCACCCCCGUGCACACCAGCGGCAAAGCACUUCUCACCACGGUCCUGUCCAAGUCCCAGCGCACGGCCCAGACUACGGGCAGCAGUGUCACCUCGUGUCUCGGCACCACCCCUCCCUUAGUCAUCUUCCCCGAGUUCCUGCGCAACGGUGAGCAGGGCUCCUGGGUGAAGAACACCACGCUCAUCAGCACCAUCCCAGGCACCUACGUCGGCGUCGCCAAUCCGGUGCCUGCCUCGCUGCUGCUCAGCAAGGACCCCGGCGUGAGCUUCAACAGGGACCCGCGCCACCUUCCCAAGCAGGAGCCUAUUUCCAUCAUCGAUCAGGGAGAGCCUCGCAGCGCUGGGGUUCCCUGUGGGAAGAAAGCCAGCCAGGUCAGCGCAGAAGGACAGCAGGAUCCUGCCAGGAGACUUCUUCAUGGCAGAGUUGCUCCAGGAGCUCCUUUGUGUCAGUCCAAGGACAUCUCCACCUGGAAUCCCGGCCAGGGAAGUGUGUACCCGCGAUGCCCUGUGAACGGAAAACCUUCCAAUCCUCAGCUUCUGCCUCUUGGCUGGUCUCCUUACCAUCAAACCCCCCUGCUUUCAAUUGGCAUCUCCACAGCAGGGCAGCUGCCCCCGAACCAGAAUAGCUCCUGCAAGCCAGCUGGUGCAGCAGGGCAGCUGCCCCCGAACCAGAAUAGCUCCUGCAAGCCAGCUGGUGCAGGUGAGCUCCCGACAUUCCCGAGCGUGCAGCCCGCAGAGUCCAGCGCAGCUGUCCAGAGCCUGCCAGAGGGGCUGCCCCGGCUCCCACCUCAGGAACGGGAACCUGCAGCCAAGAGCAAGAGCUGCCGGGCCUUGCCCAAGCUCUACGAGGAGCCGACCAAUCCAGUCCCGUUGGAUGCAGGUCCGUCUCUUCAGACCAGUGCUUUGGAUGUGAAAGGAGGGAAGGGGAAGCCGGACAACCCUCAGAAGAGUCAGGAGUGUGAUCAACCAGAGGCCGAUGCCAGUAAGGAGGGCAACGUACAGACUGAGGCUCCCCAGGGGAGCUGUAGCCUCAAACAGUCGGAUGCAAAGCCUAAAAACCAAGUGUUAGCGGCGUAUUUGUCGCAUGAUCUGCCCGCGGCUGGGCAGCAGGGCCUGCGAAUGGUUUCGGAGGUGCCCGCUGCGCCCACGGAGAGUCAACGCAAGGAGCUGGGCUGCGAAGGCUCCCAGGAGCCACCAGCGGCAGAGCCCCUCCAGUGCGUGCAUCAGGUGGAUCUGUGCAGGGUCAAGAAGGAGCGAGUGGAGUGUGACAUGCCAUUCACUUCUGUGACCUGCCUGCGAGCUGGGACUGCUCCCCAGGCCUUUGCCGAGGUCAAGCUCAAAGGAGCGGGCCAAAUCAAGCAAGAGGGCAGUGUGCGCUGCAAGUCCAAGCGGCAGCAUGAUGGGGAUGCCAGGCAGGCCCACAAGAGACUGAAGUGCCAAGGCCAGGACGGCGAGGAGUCCCCAAGCAAAUCGGGGAGCCGGAGUGUGCAUGGCCGGAAGUGGCGAAAACACCAUGACAAUCCGCAUGAACUCGGCAAGCGAGAAGGCCGAAGUGGCCUGGGAUCGGUGAAGGAUCACAACAGCCUCAGGGUUUUGGGGCCACCGCAGACAGAGUCGCCAUCUCCGGCGCACCGCGGGGACAGCCACGAGGAAGGUUACCUCGAAAAGAAGCCCAAGAACAACUUUCGGGAUUUCAUUCCGGUGGUGCUGAGCAGCCGGACGCGCAGUCAGUCGGGAAGCAUUGCUGGCUCUUCUGCUGGUGUGACGGGAGAGUGUGAUGUGACUGGUCAGGAGAUUUUACCGUUGCUGGAGGAGGAUCAGGACGAAGAGGAGGAGGAAGAGGAGGAGGAGGAGGAAGAGGAGACAUCCUUGAAACGUCGCAAGCUGCGAAAAUCCCACAGGACAUCACGCUACCACAGUCGCAGGGCCAGGGACAGGUCUCUGUCCGAGAGGAGCAGCUGUUACACGAGGAGGACCCGGGAGCUGCCCUGGAGAGUGGAAUCACCCAGGCAGCUGUGGGAGCCCAACGAGGAGGAGGAAGACGACAGCCACAUCAAAAGGAAGAAAAGGAGACGACAGAAAAGUCGGAAAUACCAGACAGGGGAAUAUUUGACUGAGCGAGAGGAGGAGCGAGUGGGCUACCCCCACAGGAGGCGAAAAUCCAAAGCAGAUUUUAGGUACCGGAAGCAGAAGGAGUCCGUGAAGGGUAAAGGCACAGAGCUACGACUGAGGAGCAGGCUUUCCCCAUCACCCCGAAAAUCUCAAGGACGCCCUGACUUUCGGAAUGGCUUCUUCCUGGAGCACUCUGACAGCUCUCCUGUCCAAGAAGAGCUGGAGAAACCAUCAGGAAAACGCAAAUGUAAAACCAAACACCUGGCAGGGAUCUGUGACGAGGGGAAGGACGUAGUGCUGUAUUGCCUGCAGAAAAAGAGCAGCGACGUGAACCAUCGUGACAACGCUGGCUACACAGCUCUGCACGAAGCCUGUGCACGAGGCUGGAUCGACAUCCUCCACAUUCUGCUGGAGCACGGCGCCAACGUGAACUGCAGCGCGCAGGAUGGCACAAGGCCUGUCCACGAUGCAGUAGCAAAUGACAACCUGGAAACCAUGUGGCUUCUACUCUCCUAUGGUGCUGAUCCCACUCUGGCCACUUACUCUGGGCAGACGGCUGUGAAGCUUGCCACCAGUGAAGUGAUGAAGCGCUUCCUCUGCG